AUGCCGCUGCGCCUCCUCACCUCUGGCUACGGCGGCGACGUCGACAUCCUCACGUUCGACCCGGCCGCCGGCACCCUCGCCAAGUCGCACACGGCCAAGCUCGACGCCGCGCCGACCUGGUCCAGCCUGCACCCAACCCGGCCCCUCGUCUACACGGGCGCCGAGUUUGCCGAGCCCGAUGGCCUCGUGCACGCCUUCUCGUACGACUCGCACGCCGGCACGCUCGCCCCGCUCGGCGGCACGGCCAAGGUCGGCGCCGGACCCGUCCACUUUGCCCUUUCGCGCGACGGCCGCCACCUGUACUCGGCCAACUACUCGGGCGGGAGCCUGUCGUCGGUCGAGCUCGACAGCGAGGGCAAGUUUGUUGAGGGCUCGGAGGAGACGCAGAAGUUCAAGGGCGUCGGGCCCAACAAGGAGCGCCAGGAGGCUCCGCACGUUCACGGCGUGUACGUCGACCCGACGGGCAAGUACCUCCUCGCGGCCGACCUCGGCGCAGACGUGAUCCGCGUCUUCGACAUCUCGUCCGGCAAACCCUCCUCCCUCCCGUCCAUCUCGCGCCCGGCCGGCAACGGUCCUCGCCACCUCAUCUUCUCGCCGCCCAACGCGCGCUCGAGCCGCACGCUCGUCUACCUGAUCGAGGAGAUGGGCAACACGGUCGCCGUGCUCGAGGUCGAGUACCCGACUGAGAACCAGCCGGCGCUCCGGCUCAAUGCGAUCCAGCGCGAGGUCAGCGUGCUCCCUCCCGACGCCAAGGACACCCCGGGCGACUGGACCGCCGCCGAGCUCGCCCUCUCGCCCUCGGGCACGUUCCUCUACGCGACCAACCGCUGCCCCGUCGACAACCCGGCGCCGUACGACACGCUCACCAUCUUCCCCGUCGCGGCCGACGGCUCGCUCCUGCGCGACGACGCCACCUUCUUCAACCUCGAGGGCCGCGGACCGCGCCACUUUGCAGUCAGCGCCGACGGGCGGUACCUCGCUGUGCCUCUCGAGCGCACGAGCGAGUGCGUCGUGUACGAGGUGACGCAGGGCAAGGAGGACGAGCUGAGGGAGGUUGCGAGGCUCAAGGGUGUCGACCAGCCGACGUGCGUCGCGUGGCUGCCGUAGAUGCGCGAGGGCGAGCGGGUCGUUCGUCGUCGGCGUGCGGGCUUGCAGUGCAGCAGUACUUGUACGUG